AUGAUCUUCGUAACGUUGGUUACUACAAUUCUAAUUUAUUUUUCGUGCAAACUUUGGAGAGGAAGAAAAAAGAAUCCGAAUGGUCCGUUACCUCUGCCUUUAAUUGGAAACUUACAUCAACUUGUCUAUAAUUCAUGGAAAACUGGAGGAAUAGUAGCUGGAUUCCAGGUUUUCAAAAAACAAUACGGAAAAUUCUUUACGCUAUGGUUUGGCCCUAUUCCUAUAGUUUUCAUUGCCGACUAUGACAUUGCAUAUGAAACUCAUGUGAAAAAAGCUAACAUCUUUGGACAUCGAUUUACGACUGGUGUAAUGAAUUAUAUUAGAGAAGGACGAGGAAUCAUUGGAUCCAAUGGAGCUUUUUGGCAAGAGCAUCGCCGAUUUGCGCUGACUACCUUGAGAAAUUUCGGACUUGGAAAAAACAUUAUGGAGGACAGGAUUAUGGACGAGUACAGAUACAGAAUCCAAGACUUCUCAAAAACUCACGGAAAAAUGGAGUUAUCGAAGUGAAUGCAGCAACGAUGUUUGAUUUAUUAGUCGGUUCAAUCAUAAACCGAAUGUUGGUUUCGAAAAGAUUUGAGCAGGGAAAUCUGGAAUUUGAGACAAUGAAAGUGUAUUUGACCAAGGCACUGGAAGAAGUAUCAAUUUUCGAAGCUUUCCUACCAGUUUGGCUGUUGAAAUCAAAUCUGCUGAGAUGGAGAACUAAAUAUACACUGGCUCCGGUAGAAUACAUCUACAGUCUCGUUCAGAAAGAAAUUCAAGAACGAACGACAUCAAUUGAAAAUGGAAGUCAUGUCCCAAGUGAAGACGGCGAUGAUUUUGUGGAUGCCUUUUUGAUUAAAAUUGAGAAAGACAAAAAAGAAGGCAUUGACUCCACUUUUACGCUGGAAAGCCUUGCGAUCGAUCUAUUUGAUCUAUGGCUAGCGGGACAGGAUACCUCUUCUACAACACUCCUUUGGGCUGGCAUCUGCUUGCUAAACCAUCCCGAAGUUGUGGAAAAACUGAGAUCAGAACUCCUCGAAGUAACUGGAGGCAUACGAAGAUUAUCACUGACCGAUCGGGCACGCACGCCGUAUUUAAUGGCAGUUUUGAAUGAAAUCCAGAGAAUUGCAUCAAUCCUUAAUAUCAACAUAUUCCGUGAACUUCGAGAAGACACGGAAAUUGAUGGUCAACCUAUUGCUGCUGGAACCGUUGUAGCUAAUCAACUAUCCAUGAUCCACACAGACGAAGAAUUGUUCGAAGAUCAUACUAGAUUCGACCCCGAACGGUUCAUCGAGAACAGUACUUUAGAGAAAAAGCUCAUCCCAUUUAAUCUCGGAAAACGAUCGUGCCCCGGAGAAUCAUUGGCUAGAGCUGAACUGUAUUUGAUAAUUGGAAAUCUUGUCUUGGACUUUGAUUUCGAAGCAGUUGGAAUCAAACCAGAGAUCAAAACUUCUACUCCAUUUGGAAUAAUGAAAAGGCCACCAAACUAUAUAUCAGAUUGA